UGUUUUUGUUUUGUUUUGAUUUUUUUUUGUUUUUCAGCCCAGGGUUUCAGGUCACCUCUGGGCUGGAAGAAGCUCCAAUAUGGUUCACAUUCUCUCUCAAAAUAAAAAUAACACAAAGUCCCAAAGAGACCAAAUUUCAAGCUGGGGUAUUAUGUCCUUCUAUUUACUGAAUGCUACCACUUUCACCAAUGAAUAAUGACUCAGGUACUACAGAUACUUUAGGUUAGUAAGAGCUAAAAAGUUUCAAAAAUAACCAUACGUACAUAAAAAAAUGCUUUAACACCUUUAGCUGAACUAUAAGUUAUUUGACUUUACACAUAUUUACAAACACAAAUCCCCCUCGGUUUUUGUUUUUGUUUUUUUUGAAAUCUCAAUACCAUGACCGUGAGCACUUGCUUAUUUGGGGGUCACUGUUGCUUUCAUGUUCCACAAAGUCUAGUUCUCUCUCAUCUCUUGCUAUUUCUCUAGCUUCUUGUGUUCCUUCUUCCUGAUGUUGCUAUCUCUGGUCUGGCUACAUAUAUCAUUACGACCUGUAGAGGUUGUUCCUCUGCUGCCAUGAUUGGCGUCUCUGUGCUGUCUUUCAGUUCAGCUUUCUCGUGCCAUUCGUAGGAUUUCUCGAAUGGUGAUGCAAUUCAGGGGCCUGUCCACCCAUGAUGGUUCCUCUUCCUGUUCCUCUUAUUUUUCAGGGUUCUGCUGUUUGAGGUAUUCACUAAACGCAUGAUCAGUUGUGGCCAUCUUCCUGAUACACUCACAGAUCUUUGUUGUUUCAUCCUGGAUAAUGGUUCUGACGUUCUGACACUUCCGCUUUGCAUGCAAUCUCAGAGAAGGAGCUUCCUUGUCUUGAUGUCAGUGGCCUGCAGUGGAGACAGAGAAUACUCUUGGUAAAUCUCGCACUUGAUGACAACUUGUACUUUAAAGUUGGCCUACAGUGUUGUUCGAAGUGUAAAAGUGGACGACGGGUCGAUUAGAACUUCCUUUUUUUACACAAAGCGAUCGAGAAGAUUUUUUGAAGGUACGUGUCUAAUAUGCGAAAAGCCUGGGCUGGCCUUUAUAAAUUUUUGUGUGUAUUUUAAGGCACCGCCAGCGAUUAACUCGAAAAAUAGUUGUCCUUGGUUAAAUUUCGAUUUUGAGCUUUCAAAUUUCCUUGUACGAACUUCCUGCUUUAGGUUCGGUUGUCUUGGAAAAAUGCUUACUAGAAGCUGCUUGAUUUUCCCAAUUAUAUUCUUCACCGGGAAAUCAUUAGCAUGUGAUCAGAUAAAUGCUUCUUGUGCCGACAUUAAAACCCUCGCUGGAUUCACGUUCAAACAUGGAUCACAUCCCGACGGAAGUAAGAUUUAUGUCUACGACAACGGGACAAGUAUUGGCCAUGCUCAACUGGAGAAUCCACCCUCCUUUAAAUUCUCAUCUGAAGUUGUGCACAUGGACAACAACUCAGUCACGACAGUGAAGUGCCGAGACAUCAUAAUUCAAAGCAUAGUUCCAUAUGGAUUGAUGAAGGGAAAGCCUUUUGUCAAAGAAAACUGCAUCUAUUUCAAAACUAUCGCUGAUGUCACAGCUCCAAUUAAGACUGAUCCCAACGAUUCACAGGCGUUGCCGACCAUCAUCUUCAUUCUAGGGAUAAUCGCAAUCUUAAUCAUAAUUGGGAUUGGUCUUCUUCUUCUUCUCCGCAACUGGAAAGCACAUCUGGAGCAGCAGAACAGUGAAGCCAGUGUUUCUGGGUUUAUAAUGUACCUACUGACUUGCCUCCAGAAGACAGGAGAGGGACAAGAAACUAGAGCUCCCCCUGGACAGGGUAUAGAUAAUGAGCAAGGCACUGCACUUGAACGUGUAGUUGUUCAAAGCACUGAGACUGAGGCUGAUGUCAAUACUCCUCAAUCCCCCAGCGUGGACCGCAACUUGAGCACCGAGAGAAUUCAGCAAACUAAAAAUGGAGACAUCAGUACCCACAAUAAUAGCAGAAUCUCUCAUCACCGCUCUAUGAACAGGAACUUGGGGAAAGAACCAGGAGGGGUGAAUAGCAACAAAGGACAAAACAUUAGCGAACUGGAGACUGGAGGUGCUGCUGAUAAUCGUGCAGAACAUGAUGAGACUGAAGGACAACCACUGCUAACCAGUAAACGUUUUGACAAGACAGGUGAAGCUGGACCAUUGGCGAACAAGGCUGGCUUUGACCGAAACCGAGUCAGCAGGUGCUCAGCUGUACUGAACACUGACGUGGAGUCACAAGAAGUACAAGAAGUAGCAACAGGAAGUAACCAAUAGCAACAACAGCAAUGAUAUUAA